AUGCGGACGUCCAAGAUCUCGCAGGAAACGACACGAAUAUUCAAUGCCCUGUCCCCGAAUGCUCGCGCCGGACGAACCACGAGGAGCUCGAAACGCCUCGCCUCUUUUGCGCUGGGUUACAAUCCGGAUGUUGAGGUGAAAGAGGAGGAUGAUGAACUAGUGGGAGAUGAGGCGAGCGCCGGCGUCGCUGCGCCUCUAGAUAUUGAGGACGUCUUAAGGACAUCGUCACGGUCGAGCAGGAAAAGAAAGUUAGGCUCUGACUCGCCGUUCACUUCGACUGUUGUUUCCACCACAACCGAAUGGACCUCGCCGCGCAAGAUCAAGAAGGAAGAGGAGAGGAGGAGGAGGAGGAGGAGGAGGAGGACUACGAUGAUGGGGAGAAACCAGAGGCAUCGCCUAGUGGACGUGCAAGAGCAAAACCGAAAUUGCCGGCACGGAGGACAACGUCGCCAUCAGGGCCAUGCGGGAAAGGAAUCCAACUGCGCCGGUGGACACCAUGGGCUGCGAAGAGCUGUUUUGGCCUGCGGCUUCGCCACGAGAGAAACGCUACCACAUCCUGACGAGUCUGAUGUUGUCCUCCCAGACAAAAGAUACGGUGACAGCGGCCGCGAUGCUGCGCCUACACACAGAACUAGUUCCUCAACCACCUAUCCCAAGCGACGGAGUACAGCAAUCGACCUCACGGUGGGGAACAUGAUCACGUGCGACCCCAAGCAUCUCGACAGUCUCAUCGGCAAAGUCGGCUUCCACAACAACAAGACGAAAUACAUCAAGCAAGUUGCGACGAUCCUCAAGCAGGAAUACAACUCCGACAUCCCCAACACCAUAGAAGGCUUGAUCCGUCUACCGGGAGUGGGUCCCAAGAUGGCGUACCUCUGCAUGUCUGCCGCGUGGGGUAUCGAUGAGGGCAUCGGUGUGGAUGUUCACGUCCACCGCAUCACAAACCUGUGGGGGUGGCAUAAAACAAAAACACCGGAAGAGACGAGGGCGUGGUUGGAAGGCUGGCUACCCCGGGACAAAUGGCACGAAAUCAACAGGAUGCUGGUGGGUUUGGGCCAGACAGUGUGUCUACCCGUCGGACGCAGGUGUGGUGAUUGUGACCUUGCCGGGACAGGCUUGUGCAAGGCAGAGAUUCGAGGUUGGAAGGCCACAGAGAGGCGAGUAAAGAAGGAGAAGGUGGGAGUAGACAUUGAGGAGGGCAUAGAGGUCUUGAAAAAGGAGACAGAGGACAGCAAGAAGGUGGAAAUCAAAGAGAUGGUCGAAGAUUCAUCAUGA